AUGCGACGCUUUGACGCGGACAAGGAGAACCGCAUAGCGGCCGUCUCCAGCUAUUCACAGCGUGCAUUGCUCUCAUCUCGCCAUCUUAAAAUUGGAAGCACUAGUACUGCUUCGAGUUCUAUGAAGCGGCCACACAAUCAGCCGGAUAGCUCACGAUAUCCGCGCAAAGCAGGAGAUAGAACUGCUACUUCUCGACGACCUCAGAAUGAUAUGUCGUCGUCCCAUACAAAUUCGUACCUUCAAGGUACUGGUAAUGGUAAUUACAAGUCUUCAUCAGCUUCUUCCGUCAAUGUCACAUGUUCCAGUGUUUCAAAUAGCUCAAGUUCUGCAAAGCAACCACCAACCAAGACGGACGAGACAAGUAAGAAGACAUGGAAACUAAGCGACUUUGAAAUUGGCAAGCCACUUGGCAAAGUUCUGAACAAGCAACAGUUGAUGAAGAGCAGCAUGGAGCAUCAACUACGUCGCGAGAUUGAGAUCCAGUCACACUUGCGACAUAAAUCAAUUUUACGACUUUAUGGCUAUUUCUACGAUAGUCGCUUUUCGGAGAAAGUGUCAGCAAUGUAUAUACAAGAGAUGGCACGUGCUCUCAUUUAUAUGCACAGCAAACACGUGAUUCAUCGUGACAUUAAGCCUGAGAAUUUGCUUGUUGGGUUUAAUGGCGAGCUUAAAAUUGCUGACUUUGGCUGGUCUGUGCAUGCUCCAUCCUCUAGACGAACAACUUUGUGUGGUACACUUGAUUAUUUACCACCUGAAAUGAUUGAGAACAAACCACAUGAUGAAAAUGUGGAUGUUUGGACGCUUGGUAUUCUUAUGUUUGAGUUUCUGACCGGUGCUCCUCCUUUUGAGACUGAAGACACGAAAGAAACGUAUCGCCGAAUUGCACAUGUGGAUCUCAAGUUUCCAAACUAUGUGUCGUCAGAGGCACGAGAUUUACUAGUUAAGAUCCUGCGCCAUGACCCGCAGCAACGAAUGUCGUUGGAGCGCGUUUUGGAGCACCCAUGGAUUGUGCAGCAUUGCAAAAUAUAA